GAAUAUUCUGAAAAUAUCUUAGAUAUUCUUAGACACAAAAAAUAGAUUUUAAGACGUAAAGUUAGAACUAAAAGAUAGACAUAUAAAAUAGAUUUUAUAAUAUUUAAUGAUGUUCGAACAAAAUCAGUUAGAUAAAUAUAAUUAUUAUAGAGUUCAAUUUAUGCGUCUACUUUUCUCCAAGAGCUUUAGGCCUCGGAGCAAGAAAUUUAGAGGAGCUAAAUCCACCUUGAAGAGCCUAAAAAGCCCUAUGGACACCUGGAUUUGAUGUUCGCUGAUCAGUUAUUUAUAAAUCCUACACACAUCUGUUGGUAAUACGACACAUAUUUGUUGGUCUAGCAAAAGUCGAUCGAAUUCUAAAAGUGUAUAAUCGGUUUGAAGAAAACCAUUCCUUCCAGCUCAAGUUAACAUUUGAAAGGUUUUGGAAUCAUUCUAUAUAAAAAAGGAAUUAUAGAAUGCUACAGUCAAAAGAAAGACAUCACAUUCCACCUUCACGUUGAAGCAAUUACCGCUUAAAAUUAUGAACGAUUUCCCAUUAAUGUUUAAGUACUUGAUCAGCCUCUAAACUCCAAGAUGAUGGCCUUCUUUCAUGCAUGGAUGCUCCAAGGCAAAAUUCAAACUGUUUCUGUUGCCAGGAACUCUGGCACGAGUGUUCUUUCAAGAGAUGCUGCUGCUUUCUUCUUAUCUUCAUCAUGUUUAUAGUUGUGGCAGUCGGGAUGGCUACAUUAAUUGUGAUUUUCCUUUUGAAGCCUGAAAAGCCUGUUUUCUCCUUCCAAUCAAUAAGAAUGGAUUGGUAUGAGCUAGAUACUUAUUCUGGUUCAGUCCUGUUUGUUUCAUCCGUUUUGACUUUGACCCUGAAUGCUCAAAAUCCUAACAAGGUUGGCCUAAGGUACAGUCCUUCACGGCUUAGUGUCUAUCAUGAAGGACUGCCAAUAGGAGCAAUCCGAGUUCCAGGAUUCUUUCAGCCUGCUCACAGCAACAAUGUCAGUGUGCGAACCAGGGUUCUGUUUCAUUGUGUGAACCUCAGCCAGAUUGUUGCAGGGAAAGACAUAAUUGAGAUGAAUAUAUUAGGUGAUGUUAGAGCUCAGCUAUGGGUAUUUCACAUGACUUUGUUACGAAUGAAGGUUGCCCUAGAUUGUGACAUAGACAUUGACUACAAGGAGCUUGCAUUAAAAGACGAAGUUGAAGCCAAAAGGGUUGUUCAAAAUCAUCACUUCGCUUCUUUUCCAACCAACUCCAAAUUUAUCUUCAGGAAGUGCGCGCUAGCUUUAUACGCAUAAAGACAGCCAAAGCCACAUUUGAGGGUCAAUUCUGAUAUAAAAGAUUAUGAUAUGAUGCCUCUCUAAAAGUUUUAAUGUCAGUUGUCAAAUCCAACUAUGGAUACAUACAACUUCCGGCCUCGUCUUCUUGCACUUUCCAUCACUGUCUCUACUGUUGCACUGUAAUUAUUGCCAUGGGAGUCACUAAUGACUUGCGAGCUAUAUAUAUAUUAUAUAUAUUUCUAGGAAGAAGCCAAGCCCAUGCACUUGGAAGUUGGAAUAAUCUUCAUGGAUCUUUUAAGCCUCAGGAUGUGAACCGUAUCAUGUACAUAAUUCUCCAUGCAUUUCUUUUAUAUACAUGCCAUGUGGAGAUAAUUUUCAGUACUAAAGUUAUUUUCGAUUGAGAUGUGGGUAAAUCAGUGAAAAAUCGUCUAUGCAUAAGCAGUAGUACUCUUCAACUCAUGUACACUUUCCCUCUCAAACUUCUGUUACCAGAAAAGUCUAUAAUUUUCUGGAAUAUUGCUAUUUGGUAUAAAGAAGCCUCUCUUUUUCGGAGCACCAGUGCUUAAUGGGAGGCUUUUAGCAUCUAUGCUAGCUUGAGCCUUUGGUAAUGAAUAUCAAGAAGAAAUCGGCUAGUUGGAGGUCAUGUCCUUUAUCUAGUGGAAGGAAAAUUAUCCUGUUAAACUAGGUAGCAUGUCUAUCCACUUGCUCUUAAUGCUUAAUAUUCUCAAAUCGGUAUUGUCGUAUGCAGUUUCCAAGAACACAAAAAAAAAAAAAAAAACCAAGUCAUGAAAUUAUUGAUUGUGUGAAGGAAAAUUAUGCUUUAUAUGGGAAACUGUACCAUCUUUAGUUUGUUUUUGUUUUUUUUUUGUUUUUCCACUUCAUGCUCAUGCAUGCCCUGUGGCAUGUUCUAACUGUGAAAAUUAAAAAUUCACAUAUAAACAUCAGUAAAUUCCUAAUGUUAGUUAUAAAUAGAUAGGUUUGCGCAAUACCUUUGUAAAAAAGCAAGUCUCAUUAAAAAUGUAUCAUUUUUGUUUUAUAUUUUUUAAAAAUAGAAUCCAUUUUUGUACAAAAAUCCGUUAUAGACUUGUCUAUUUAAUAUUUUUACAAAUUAUUUUUCUGUUCCAUACUCUGUACUAUACUGUAUUCUGGAAUCAAUAUUCAAGAACUCGGUGCACAAAAGUUUAAAACACAACCUAAACCGUGCAUCUGAUCAACGUACCCUUUUCAGUCAUGCAUUUAUCGAUUGUGCCAAGGACACAUGAGCUUUAUGCUUUGGCAGUCAAUUAUAUAUACAUCUAUUGUUGCAGCUUAUAUAUAUUUGCUUUCAAACUCUCUGCCAUUAGGUCAAGAAGGAACUCAAGUUUUCAAGUCGGUAGCACUUUGCAUGUUCAAACAAUAAAUCAUUACCUAAAAGGCCUAGCUACCAGAUGGCGCCACAUGUGAAACCUAGAAAACACUUCCUAUGAAUUAUAUAUGUAAAAUAAUUAGACUUAAAAUUAUUCAAUGGUUAGCCAUGAUGGGAAUGGUCGAGGCUUCAUAAAUAUCAUUGGACUUUCGUUCAUAGUCUCCAUUGGAUUAGCUAGAGUACUGAAGUACAAUUAAUUUACGAUCAAUUUCUCAUUAAAUAAGACAAUGAAAGGUUGGCACUGUGUCUGAGUGUAACGCAAGAGCAUUCAUUCGACAAAGGUUGGUACUUUAAUUUCUGGGCACGCAUAUAGGAAAAUAAAUCAAGUUGAUGAUUUUCUUGCUAAAGAAAUUGCCAAGGGACAUCAGACAUAUUUUGAGCUAGCUCUAAAAGGAGAUAACAGAUUUAUUGAGAUUAGAUAGAAUAGGAUUGCAGAUUGCUGGUGUUAUGAUGUAAGUACAAAGCUAUGAUUCUAUAUAUAUAUAAUUCUUUGAUUAAGAGUUUUAGCUCUAUCACUUAUGGUCUUAAUUCACUUUACACUUUGGGUUUGGUUCUCUUAUAAUCUCAAGGUGUUUUGUAACUUCUGUUUCCAUGGUUUCUUCCGUCAUAUAUAACUGAUCGAGGCUUAUAAAUUUAGAUUCUCAUCGAUCCCCUUAAAAAAAAGUUAAUGAACAAAGAUAAUGAGAAUGAGUCUUAUUUGCUAAUCAUCUGGGUUCAUAAAUGCUUGGAAUCCAUGACAUAUCAUCCGCCAAAACAAAUAAAAAUUUAAUCUCUCAUCACUGAACCAACAUCCACAGUACUGGUAAUGUCAAAUAUUCUAUAUGCAAUUCCUGCCAAGAUGUUUAUGCCAGCCGUAGCACAAACUUAUUCAACUUGACACGUUUGAAAACCAGGCAUGCAUCGUCUGAAUUGAGAACAAUCUUUUCAUGUAUUUUAGUUCGUGCAUAUUUUCUGGCUUAAUUUUUAAUCGCUGUCUUCAAACAAAUGCAGCUUAUAUAUACAAGCGUUUUGAAUUUUGAGCCAAAAAUAUAGGAAAGUUGACGUUUUCAAGUUCUUUAGAUUAGUUUGACUUACCGUCCAAUUCUUUACAGAGAUGCACGUGUUUUAGUUUUCAUCUUGAAUAUCCAAGCAUGCAUCAUGCGAAAAUUCGAAUCAAUCCCACUGUUCCAAACUUUGCACUGCACUCAAAAGCAUACGCAAUCAAAGGGUGGUCAUAUAUUACAGACAUUCUGGGAUAAAUGAAACUGUGCAAAGGAUGUCAGCCAUGGCAAGGCCUAGCUCUGUCUUUCUCAUUAUGGCUGUUCAUGUAGCGAUCCUCAUCUCAACGAGUUGCGGGAGUAGAUCCGAGCAUUCAAGAAAACAAGUUGCUUUCUUCAUAUUCGGUGACUCCUUCUUAGAUGCAGGCAACAACAAUUACAUCAACACCACAACCCUCGACCAAGCUAAUUUCUGGCCUUAUGGAGAAACUUAUUUCAGGUUCCCAACCGGGAGGUUUUCCGAUGGCCGUUUGGUAUCAGAUUUCAUCGCUGAACAUGCGAAGUUGCCAUUGAUUCCAUCCUUUCUACAACCUGGGAAUCCUCACUAUUUCAACGGGGUGAAUUUUGCAUCUGCUGGGGCGGGAGCUCUAGCAGAAACCUUUCAAGGUGCGGUUAUUGAUCUUAAAACGCAGCUAAGUUACUAUAAGGAGGUAAUGACUUGGUUGAAAAGCAAGUUGGGCAAUGUUGGAGCCAAAAUGAUGUUAUCAAGAGCUGUCUACUUGUUUAGCAUUGGGACCAACGAUUAUAUGAGUCUUUUCUUAUCCAAUUCCACGGUACUGGACACCUUUUCCAAAUCAGAAUAUGUUGGAAUUGUGAUUGGCAACUUGACAACCAUCAUCAAAGAUAUAUAUAGCAGAGGUGGUAGAAAAUUUGGGUUUAUCAAUUUGCCACCCGUGGGCUGUCUUCCUGGCAUCAGAAUCAUCAAUCCAGAUAACAAUGGUAACUGCUUGAACGAAGCUUCAUCACUGGCAAAAUUGCACAAUCGAGCUCUGUCUAAGCUCCUCCAAAAACUAGAUAAACACUUGAAGGGGUUUAAAUAUUCAAUUUUCAACCUCAACGUCAGUCUCAGACAGAGAAUGAAUCAUCCCUCAAAAUAUGGUUUCAAGGAAGGGAAAGGAGCAUGCUGUGGGACAGGGAAGUUCAAAGGAGUGUUCAGUUGUGGAGGAAAAAGACUAGUGAAAGAGUUCCAACUCUGUGAGAAUCCCAACGAACAUGUUUUUUGGGACUCUUACCAUCUCACAGAAAGGGUCCACAAACAAUUUGCAGAUGAAAUGUGGGGUAGGGCAAACAACACCAACAGUGUUGUAGGGCCUUACAAUCUGAGGGAUCUAUUCCAAACUCUCUAAAAGUCCUUUUACUUUCGAAUUAAUGUCUCUUAGCUUGCUGCGUGUAAUCUUACUGAAAUUAGAGUAAAUGAAAAAGAAGCUGUUCCUUCUA